AUGGCCCUCAAAUGGGAGCAUCGGGCAAUUCUAAUCGCCAAUAUACUCAUUGUUGUAGCCAUUUCAAUAUUUUCAUCCGGAUUUUUCCCUUACAAGUCUUUACUUCCAGGACUGGCCACAUUUGAUGAGACCAAUAUUGACACUGUGGCACCAAAAGUCUUCAAUAGAGUGAUUUUCAUGGUGAUUGAUGCAUUGCGCAGUGAUUUCGUUUAUUCGAAGACUUCCGGAUUCUCUUUCACCCAAAGCCUAAUCCGUUCUGGAGCGGCUCUACCUUUCACGGCCCAUGCCAGCUCUCCAACGGUCACGAUGCCACGGCUCAAGGCCAUGACAACUGGCUCCGUGCCGUCCUUCUUGGACGUGAUAUUGAACAUCGCAGAGUCUGAUACGUCUUCUACCCUCGCAUAUCAAGAUACAUGGCUAGCGCAGAUAAAAGCGCAGGGAGGUCAGCUUGUCAUGUACGGCGAUGACACUUGGAUCAAGCUAUUUCCGGGAGUCUUUGAUAGGUCUGAUGGGACUACGAGUUUCUUCGUAUCGGAUUUCACUGAAGUAGAUCACAACGUUACUCGCCAUGUCCCGCGGGAGCUAUCAGAGCGCGAUUGGUCGGCCUUCAUAAUGCACUUUUUGGGAUUGGACCAUAUUGGUCACAAAGCUGGCCCUAAGAGUCGACAUAUGAUGGCAAAACAACGAGAGAUGGACUCGAUCGUUGCUCUAAUUUAUGCCGCAAUGGAGGAACAGGAACAUCUUCAAUCGACCCUGUUUGUUCUGUGCGGAGAUCAUGGCAUGAACGAUGCCGGGAAUCAUGGUGGCUCGUCACCGGGAGAAAUUUCGCCCGCCUUGCUUUUCAUUUCACCGAAGUUUCAGACUAGAAAAACCCCGGAAGACAGUCCGGUUGAGGCAUUUAGCGACUUGCAAUACUAUCGGACUGUCGAGCAGAUGGACAUCACGCCGACUCUGGCAGGGCUCCUGGGUUUACCUAUUCCGCUGAAUAGUCUCGGCAUUUUCAUACCAGAGUUUCUAAUGAUGUGGGAUAAUGGUGCUCACAGAAUUGAUAUCCUGCUUCGAAACGCCAAGCAGAUGCUUAACGCCAUGAAGGGGACCUUUCCCGAUCUAGAUGUUGAAGCAAUUACUCCUCCUCACGGCUGCGACAAGCAGUUGGCAACAGGUCCUGCCAAAGUUCAGUGUGCUUGGUUUCAAGCACUACAAUUGGUCCACGGACCGGAGCGUAACAGAACAAUCCUGCCAGAUGUCGAAUCGGCUCUGCUAAGGGUUCUAAGAUCUGCCCAGGAAGUGAUGAGCAGCACUGCCACAUAUGGAUUGGUCUCGAAGUCCAGCGAUGCUGUGACGUUUCUCAUGUUGAGCGUUAUAAGCUACGGUGGUAUGAUGUUUGCCAGCAGCUACGUGGAGGAAGAGCAACAAUUCUGGUAUUGGGUCGUCACGGCAUGGACUGCGUCUUUGUCUCAAUUCACACCCGAGUAA